AUGGACUUCAAAUCCACCCCCCUCUACGGCGGCGCAAUAACCGUCGACCUACCCUCCGACUACUCUGACGCCUCCCUAAUCCGCCAAAUCCCCUCACACCAAGAAGUUUACCUCCACAACACAGGCUACACCAGCAUCGUCCUCGAAAUUCUCGAGUACGUCGACAAACCAUCCGACGAGGAAGCCCUGCAGUAUCACUUCGCCGAUCUGGUCGAUGGCACAGGGGAUGCUACGACCAUGGUUGCGCAGGCCAAGAGUGAGAUGAAGAAUUUACCACAAACCCCAAUCCUAACCUUGACCUUCAUCCAAACUCCCCCUCCUGCCCCCGCAGGAGCACCAGCCCGCAAAACACCAGAAUACACAUUUAUCCAGCUUAUCCUUGUGCGACUCAAGGAUCAAGGUACAGACAUCAUGAUAACAAUAAACUCUCCCCACUACCCAGGCGAAUACACGCCUGCGGCUUCACCAAGCAGCGAAACGCAGCUUAUGACCGAGGCCAAGGGGAUCAAGGAGAAGGUGCUGGAGAGUUUUGCGAUUAACGAGUGGGGGUUGUUUGAGGGCUGA